AUGGCCAAGCAAAAGCAGGACAAGCCACUUAGUAUUAAUAUAGGACAUGUGCCGCAACAAAAGCAACGAAAACUAAAUCGCGUCAAGACAACCAAAUACAAUUGGUUAACUUUUAUACCUUUGAACUUUUAUGAACAAUUUCGACGUGCUGUCUACUUUUACUUUCUGCUUGUCACUAUCGUUUCCUUUUUCGUUAAUGAUACAAUGUCGCCCAUGGUGUCGCUGCUGCCGCUGCUCUUUGUUAUGAUUGUAACUGCUCUAAAGGAGGGUCUGGAGGAUUAUGCACGUGCCAAAAGUGAUCGUAUUGUGAAUAGUACAAGAGUAACUCUCAUGCGUCAGGGCAAGCAAAUUUCAAUAGAUUCGCAGUUCAUAGUGCCUGGUGAUCUAGUUCUAGUCAGCAGCGCCAGCGAUGUGCCCUGUGAUCUUGUUCUACUGCACUCCACGUCUAAGGAACAACUCUGUUUUGUCAACACUGCCAAUUUGGAUGGUGAAACGAAUUUGAAAACUAUACAUGUGCCUACAAAUUAUGAUUAUAAUGCCGUGCAUAUGGGCACAAUUGUCUGCGAGCCCGCUACACCCGAUUUGUAUAGCUUCAAUGGACGCAUAGAGCUGUCAGCGGGUACACAAACCAUUCCUUUGACCAUCGACAAUCUGCUGCUGCGUGGUGUGCGUCUUAGGGGCCAGGAGCGUGUGGUGGGUUGUGCCAUUUACACGGGCAUGCAAACCAAACUGCAGCUCAACAGUCGAUAUACGGGCAACAAGUCUGCCUCGAGUGAACAGUAUAUCAACAAAUUUAUUAUAGCUCUUAUACUGGGCAUGGUGCUGGUAGUGCUUAUACUCUAUCUUAUAUCACGCCAAAAGGCCGCUCAUGUUUAUCCCACAGCUUACUAUUUGGGUCCGCCUGUGGAUUAUAAUAGCAUACUGCACAUAAUAGAGGACUUUCUAUCAUUUCUUAUACUGUUCAAUUACAUGAUACCAAUCUCUAUGUAUAUGAACAUUGAGCUUUAUCGCGUGUUUGGCGCUCUCUUUAUGAAAUCUGAUCUGAAUCUUUAUGAUGCGGCUACGGAUCAGCCAUGUAGUGUAAAUGCCUCCAAUUUAAAUGAGGAUCUGGGUCAGAUCAAUAUACUUUUCUCCGAUAAAACGGGCACGCUAACCAAAAACCAAAUGAACUUUCUGCAAUGCUUUAUCGCUGGACAUAACUAUCUGCUACAGCAUACGCUACUAUAUAGUCCUAGUCAGGAUAAGAGCUACGAGCUAGGCUCUAAGCAUUCUGAUAGCUUCAAUUUCUUUGAGGCCCUAGCGCUUUGUCAUACUGUGGAUGUGUUAGAAGAUACUUCAGAUACUGCUGACGUUACUUCAGCAGAGCUUGAAAAUCUAAUAACCAAAAAUAUAGUUGAACGCUAUCAAGCAUCCAGUCCAGAUGAAAAGGCUUUGCUGGAGGGCUGUGCCAAGCUGGGAUUAAUCUAUCAAGGCAACGACAAUGGCAACAUACAGCUCUUGUUCGCUGAAGGCAGCGAGCAAAAGCUGGAUAAGCUGCAAUAUGAGCGUCUGCAAGUGCUCGAGUUUAGUUCGGAGCGUAAGCGCAUGAGUGUAAUAGUUAGAGAUGCUCAAGGUAUUAUCUGGUUGUAUAGCAAGGGAGCAGAGACAUCCAUUUUGCCACGCUGCUUGCCUCAGGGUUUAAUUACAGAAACUGAUGCGCAAAUAACGCAAUAUGCCCAGCAAGGUCUACGCACUUUGGCUGUGGCCAGAAGAAUCCUAACAGAGGCAGAGUUUAUGGCAUUCGCUGAGGCAUGUCGAGCUGCCAAUACUGAGCUAAGCAAUCGCAAGGAACUGUUAGCAGAGUGCUAUGAACGCAUUGAAGUUGAUCUGCAGCUAUUGGGCGCUACAGCGUUGGAGGAUGCGCUACAAGACGAUGUGGAUCAAACGUUGAUCUCGCUGCAGCUGGCAGGCUUAAAAAUCUGGGUGCUAACAGGCGACAAAGUCGAGACGGCACUCAAUAUAGGCAUGUCCUGCAAGCAUAUACCACCCACAGCUGAGGUGCACUUUCUGCUUGGCCUAAGCGAGCAGGAAGCUUUGACGCAGCGCCUGCAGCAAUUGGAGCUAGGUCUAGCUCAGGCAAACAAACCCACCGCCUUGGUCAUAGACGGACAAAGCAUAAGCGCAUUGUUGCUACAUACGCCAGAGCAAUUUGCUGACUUGGCGCUGCAAUGCAAGGCGGUCCUCUGCUGUCGUUUGAGUCCGCUGCAAAAGAGUGAGAUUGUUAUGCUGAUCAAGAAGCGUGGCAAGCAUAUUACCGCGGCAAUAGGUGAUGGUGCCAAUGACGUGUCCAUGAUACAAGAGGCGCACAUUGGCAUCGGCAUAAUGGGCAGAGAGGGCAAACAGGCGGCGCGUAGUGCAGACUAUGCCAUUGCCAACUUUGGCAUGUUGCGGCGUUUGUUGCUAGUCCACGGACAUUACAAUUCGGAGCGCUUGGCGUUCCUUGUGCUGUUCUAUUGUUAUAAGAAUAUUAUUAUAACCGGCUGCAUGGCGUUGUUUCAGCUGUAUGAUCUCUAUUCGGCUACUUCAGUUUAUAACGAGCUAUUCCUGUGGCUUUUUGAUAUUAUUUAUAUAUCCUUUAGCUUCACAUAUCUGGCCAUGUCUGAGAAACAUUAUAGCGAAGACAGGUUGCUCAGUCAACCCUAUUUAUAUCAAAGGAUUGCACACAACAAACUCAGCUCCUGGCGUACCUUCAGCCUAUGGAUAUUCAUUGGCGCCCUGCAGACCUUCAUCAUCUUUUACUUUGCAUAUGCAUUGCUUUAUGACAACAACAUCAUCUUUGAUCAUGGCCAACCAGCUGAUUUUUCUACUUUUGGUACUAUGCUCAUAACAGUUCUCGUUAUUGUGGGCAAUUUGAAGCUGUUGUUAGUGUCGCAUUAUAUGAGUUAUCUGAACAUUGCUUUUAUAAUAUUUUCCAUUGUCGCCUUUAUGCUUAGCACUUACCUGUACAAUUUGUUUAGCAGCAAUAGCCUCUAUCAUGUUUUCAAUAAGUUUCUCAGCUCGCCACCCAUUUGGUUAUACAUUGUUAUUUGUACAGUGUCCUGUCUAUUGCCUGAUUUUCUCCUCAAAGCUGUUAAUGACAUGUUCCUCGAGGUUCCUGUAAAACAGAACAAAGAAAAUGAUGUUAGGCAAGCUUCAAAAAAAUCUAAAGCUUAG